AUGCACGCGCCACUAUCCAACAAGACCAACAGAGGCUACGUGCCUUCACCCGUUUGUCCCAGAUCCAACAAAUUUCGACCUACAUCGGGCAAGCGUAAGGAGAACGAGGAGAAGGGUUGUCAUGCUUCGCGCGUUUCUGAAGACAACCCCGAAGCACCUGAGCCGUCCUUCGCUCCCCAGGGCGAGCGUCCCUUUUUCGUGAAAAAGCGUCCUUCCUUGACCACGAAAGAGUUGCCCUCAGAGAAGAUAGAACCGGAGAGCGAGCCUCUUGCUUCUCUCUCGCUCGCGAGGCACGUAUUGCUGAAGUCCAGGCUGCUUGACUUCAACAAGAAGGUGGCGAGAGUUAUGUUCAGGACCUGGAUAGCCAGUGUCCUGGAAAAGAAGAGGAUGGGAUAUAGAGAGUGGCGCACAUACCUACAGUGCCACAAAGCUUUGAGCGCUCGCGAAGACAUAAACAAAGACACACUGCCUCGCAAAAGCAUCGAGAAGUUCCGUGCAAUGGGCGUCGAGCCCGAUGACUUCAACGAUGAAGUCUGGAUGCCUGGCGCCUUCGAGCCUCCGACUCAGGUCAUCAAACUCUCUAUUGAGGAGCGGAAGGAGCGGCUGGUCCGCAAGUUAGUGGCCGCCUUCCUGGUCGGGGUCGAGAAGCGAGCGGAGGAGCGCGAGUGCCUGGAAGAGCAGGCUCCUCUGCAGGAGGAAGAGGAAAGUCUCGAAGAGGAGGGUGAAACCUCUUCGGCUGGUGAGGAGGGCGACGAAGCCAUAGAUGAUGCUGAGGAUGAUUUAGCGGACGGCGACGACGACAUGCAGAACACAGACGAAGCGGUCAGUGACGACGACCACGUCGAUUCCACCGAGGCCGUCGAAAAUGCUGCAGAGAAGGCCUGUCGCCUGGACGACUCUUCAGAGGUUCCUCCGCCGGUCUCCCACGAAGAGUACAGCGAUGCCCAUUCCCCCGCCGUGGCUACGGGAGACUGCCUCCUAUCUUCACCUUCGCCCGUCCGAAGCUCACCGCUCCGCCAGUUCGGCGAACUUUCGCCCUUAAAGCCAGCGAACGACAUCCGCGCGCCUUCUGCCGAAGAAAUUGGUGUGCCGACUGCUGAGGACGCGGAAGGUCCCGCGCAUGACUCGUCCGCGACGCCGUCCGCGACUGUCGCGCAGGUGCCUCUCUCCACGCCCCCUGCACCGACGUCGCCCGAACCUUCCGAGAAGGAGCUGCCGCUACCAGCACAGCAUACGCAGCAUCCCAUACAGGACGUAACAUAUACAGAGCAGGCAGCAGAGCCCCUGCAACCGAAUGCCGCGCGAGGGCCACCGGCGGAUUCCUUCGCCUGCCUCGCCGUCGGUAUGGGACGAGCCCCGCGCGACGACUUCGAGCGCGAGGUGUACACCGAAGGCCUCGCGCGCGCGUACGCGCAGAUCCUCACCCGCGAGAACAUCGAGCACGACUUGACCGAGCGGGGGAUCGAGCUCCCGCACAUCGAGGACGACGGCGCGCUCAAGCCGCGCUCGGACAACGUGUGGGCGCUCGAACACGACGCGUACCAGGCGGUGUACGCGAACGCGUUCGCGGAGGUCCUCGCACAGGAGGCGAUCGAGGAGGAGGCUGAGGAGGCGGAGGACUCAGAUGACGAGGAGCGGCCGGUGGACCGGAUGGACCAGGACUGGAAGGUCCAGAUUCGGCGCCCGAGGUGCGUCAUCGAAGAGGUCGAGUUCGCGGAUGGGUCGGCCAUGGACAUCUCGUUCCAUGGGCCCUUAGACCCUAUGGAGUGCUCAGUGGUCGAGGGUCCCGCCGGUAUGUCGGUAUCGACUCUGGUGGGUCUGGACGGCGGCGAGGACGAGCCGAUGGACGUCGACUUCCCCGACGAAGCCGGCGAUGUCGACAUCUACGACGCGUCGAUGAUGUCGCUAGUGCCUUUCGACUUUAGCACGCCUGCAGAUCCCGUAGAGGACGUGCUGUGCGCGUUCGGCAACAUCGAUCUCGGGCCAGACGACGCCAUCGACGUUGACACGCACCUUGACUGGUGA